CGCAGCUUCCGGUCGGCAAGAUGGUGGCGCGCAGAAGGAAGCGUGCGGCGCGGGAAUCUGAUUCGGGGGUUCCAACCCUGCCCGGCUACUCAGCCAUUCCAAUCAAAUUCUCUGAAAAGCAGCAGUCUUCUCAUUACCUCUAUGUGAGAGAGCACAAAGUUCGAGAAGGCACCAAGUCUUCCUGGCCUCAGAAGCGGACUCUUUUUGUCCUCAAUGUGCCCCCGUACUGCACAGAGGAGUGCUUGUCCCGCCUCCUCUCCCCCUGCGGGCCCGUCCAGUCGGUGAAGUUACAGGAGAAGCCAGAGCUUGCUGAGAGCCCAAAGGAGCCCCAGUCGAAGUUCUUUCACCCCAAACCAGUUCCCGGCUUCCAGGUGGCCUACGUGGUGUUCCAGAAGCCAGGCGGCAUGUCGGCCGCCUUGGCCCUGAAGGGCCCCCUGCUGGUCUCCACUGAGAGUCACCCUGUGAGGAGCGGCGUCCUCAAGUGGAUCCGAGACUACACGGACUCGGUGCCGGACCCCGAGGCCCUGAGGGUCGAGGUGGACGCCUUCAUGGAGACCUACGACCGGAAGAUAGCGGAGGAGGAGGCCAAGGCCAAGGAGGAGGAAGGCGUCCCCGACGAGGAGGGCUGGGUGAAGGUGACCCGCCGGGGCCGCCGACCAGUGCUCCCGAGGACGGAGGCGGCCAGCCUGCGGGUGCUGGAGCGGGAGAGGCGGAAGCGCGCCCGCAAGGAGCUGCUCAACUUCUACGCCUGGCAGCACCGCGAGACCAAGAUGGAGCAUAUCGCGCAGCUGCGCAAGAAGUUCGAGGAAGACAAGCAGAGAAUCGAGCUGAUGCGGGCCCAGCGCAAGUUCCGACCCUACUGAGCCUCGCCCACCCCCACGGGCCCCGAGGAGCAGGGUGGUGACUGGGUGGCAGUGUACAGCCAGCAAGGACCCGGGGUCCUGGAACACCCAUCUCAACGGCUGUGCCCAGGCCAAGGGGCCGCUGUGUGAAACCCCGGAGACCUGAGCCCACGGGGUGGGGUGAAGUACAGAGUCACCCGUCGGUUCCUGUGUGCUUCGGCUGUCCUAGGGCCCGGAGCGAGGACUUGGCCUCCGGAAGCCCCUGGCCCAGAGCUGGCUCCUUCCUUGUCCUGGGUCCCGUCCCCGUCUGGCUCCGGACUCUCCUCUCAGGGCUGACUGACUGCUGUGUUCACCCCUUCCUCCUGAUAGAGAAGCCCCUGUGGGCAGUGAGACGGCCUCACAAGCAGAAUACAAGAGCAUUUUAUUUUUCAUGCA